AUGUGUGCUACCGCGUCUCCACCGACUGGCACUGAAGGAAACAGUUCGCGAUACCGCGAGAAGUUCACCACUGAGGAGCUACCGCCGUCGGGCUACCCGCCCGAGCUCUACGUCCAGCUGCUCGGCCAGGUUGACAGUGGUUUCUCGACGCAUCGCCAGCAGCCAGCGUUCACUCAUCAUCCAGCCAGCCGCGUUGUAACGACAGAGCCAUCACGUUCUGUGGGUGGUGGUUCGGCGGGCUCUGUGUUGGCCAACCGCCUGUCACACGACUCCUCAAAUCGAGUCCUAUUGCUGGAAGCCGGUGGGGUUGAGGAUUCGGUGACGGACGUGCCCAUGAUGGCGUCGGUCAGCCACCAUACGAACAUCGACUGGAGCUUUGUCAGCGAGCCACAAAAGGGCUGCUCGUUCGCGCUAAGGGAUCAAAAACCUGUAUGGACCCAGGGUAAAGUUCUGGGUGGCAGCAGCGUGCUUAACUUUAUGAUCUACAACCGAGGUAACCGGCGCGACUAUGAUACCUGGGCUGCAGGCGGCGCCACGGGAUGGUCUUACGACGAGGUCCUGCCCUAUUUCAAGAAAUCUGAAGACAACACGAAUGGCAGCUACGUCGCUAACGGCUAUCAUGGCACCGGUGGUGAGCUGACUGUCAGUUCGGCUCAGUACCAUUCGUAUGUUCUGGAUGCGUUUCUGAAGGCGGGAGAGGAGAUGGGCUACAAAAUUGUCGACUCCAACGCAGGCGAGCAGACAGGUUUCUGUCCGAACCAGUUCACGAUGCGCGGCAAGGAACGCUGGUCAACGUCAAAAGCAUUUGUGAUUCCCGUGGCCGGCGAAAGACCGAAUCUGCACAUCUCUCUCUUCUCAAUGGCGACAAAAGUUCUUUUUGAGGGAAAGCGUGCCGUGGGCGUCACAUUCCUGAAGGAUGGUGCCGAGCAUACCGCGCUGGCCGCGCGAGAGGUCGUCCUGUCGGCAGGUGUGGCCAAUUCGCCCAAACUUCUCAUGCUCUCCGGUGUCGGACCCAAGGAUCAUCUCAAAGAACUCAAGAUUCCCGUGCUUGCUGACCUGCCAGUGGGGAGCGAUCUCCAAGACCAUGUGAUCGUCGGUGGUAUCGGUGUACACGUGCGGGAUCCAUACAACGUCGGUGUGUCGGGAGUCAGGGCGGCAUUGGAUUACUACCGCUACAACACUGGCCCUUGGACUCUGCCUGCCGGAGCAGAGGCCCUUGCUUUUGUCAAGACCAAGUACGCGAAUGCCAGUGACGACUAUCCGGACGUGGAGAUCAUGCUGAUUGGAGUUCCACCCAGUUCGGCCUUCGUCGAGACAUAUCUGAUCGGACAGGGGCUCAAGCAGGAGGUGUACGAUAAAUACUACAAGCCGUUCCGCGAUGAGCCGUCCUUCCAGAUGAUCCCGAUGGUGAUGCGUCCGAAGUCUCGGGGUUUCGUCAAGCUGCGCUCUCUCGACCCCAUGGACGAUCCGAUCAUCGAUCCGCGCUACUACAGUCAUCCGGAUGACGUGGACGUCAUCGUGGAAGGACUGAAAGUAUGCAAGCAGAUCGCUGAUUCGGAAGCGUUUCGUUCUCACGGCGCCAAGUUUUGGACGGUUCCUUUCCCAGGCUGCGAACAGCACGUCCAAUUCAGCGACGAGUACUGGCGCUGCCUCGCCCUGUCUUUCGCGUCAACUGCAGCCCAUCCAGCAGGCACUUGCCGCAUGGGCAGCGACUCGCUCGCCGUCGUCGACCCUAGACUCAGGGUGCGUGGAGGAGUGACCGGGCUUCGCGUGGUGGAUGCAUCCGUCAUACCAGACAUGCUAUCAGGCCACCUGAACGCACCUGUCGUGAUGAUUGCAGAGAAAGCAGCUGACAUGAUACUGGAAGAUGCCCAAAACAUCCUUCAGUUAGGAAGUAGAGUGGUGGCAUCGAGUCUGCUGGAGGCCCCACUCGGCGAAGGCAUGGUGUUCACUUCGGCUGCAGCCUCACCCUCGGGGUCUGCUUUCCUGUUGUGGCUGUGCGCGAUGGCGAUGUUCCAAACUCUGCUGCGCCCGCAUGCACUGAUUCAUCUAUAAUAUUUAUCCUUGGCAAUGACACCUCUUCCUUAAAACACACUGGAAAGAUUGGCGUAUCAGUGAUCAGCACAUUUUCAGCCUUGUAUUUACGAACAUUCCCAUGCUGGACACAACUUUAACGCUGCUUGUUUUUCGAUGUCCUUCAAUGUAUAUAGUACACUUUCACAAGUCACUGUAUCGAAAUGUCGCACAUCAUGCUUUCUUCACCAUAAGUUCACAAAAAUAAACGAGUAAGCACAGUAUGCACUACAGCAA